CGUUACUUCGAGUACCGUGCCCGUGUGUCUUUCCCUUUUUGUUGACCACGGUGAUCGAGAGACGAGUUUCUCGAUUCUGUUUACUCUUUACGUAACGAGCAAUGCGACCAGGUGCUCUCUUGACUUUUGUCGUCGCGGUUGCGACGGCGACCGCCGAAAACGACUCCUGGACCUGGGACGACAACAAGCAAAAGGCGAGCCCGCGAUCCGACAGUAGGUAUCAGGUGUACGAGCCAUCCGAUUUGGAAAGUUCUGAUAACAACGGCUUCAGACCUCAAUACCCGGGUUCUUACGGGCCUAAUGGCUACAGGCCGUUCAGACCGUCGUAUCCAGGCGGUAACGGUAUUCUCGUCGGACCCGGUGGACCGAGCGGAAUAAUCGGCAGACCACCUCGUUUCGAGCAGAAUGGACACGACGGCAUUCUGAAUUCUGUACCGCCGUGGAUCAGAGAUGAUCCCCGUUAUCGCGAGUUUGACACUUGCAAGUGCAGAUACAGCUUCAAUUGUCCGUCGCCCGGUCUGAAAUUCGGCCAGUGCUCGAGAGACAAGAAAUACUGUUGCUUCAACAGCAGAAGAUUCCCGGAAUUGCUGGGAGAACAUUAUUAUCCCAGUACGCCGCACAAGUUCGAGCCGAACGGUUACGCGCCGAAUUAUUACGGCAAUCGAAGACCGCAAGGCGUCCACCAACAUUCGUCUUUCGGUGAUUAUUACCCGGAUUCCUACGGCGGUUAUGGUCACCGUAAUGAGUUCGAGUCGUUACGGCCAUAUGGCUAUGAUUCGGAACCCGAGGAUUACGUGAUUUACGGCCGGUCAUUGAGCAAGAAUCAAACGCAGACGAACGACGGGAAGCCGAAAACGAACGAAGGGAUCGAAAAGCAGUAAUUAAACGGGAUCUCAUCUUAAUUGAAAAUUAUCUUAAUGUUAUUUUGUAAUGAAAACAAUGCCAAAGAUGUGACAGAAAUGUAUGUAUAUGUUUUUAUCAUUGUACAGCACGAUAUGUGCGCAUCUUUUCGCGUUGGCGAUUAAUUUAAAUGAGACGACACGAUGUUUAAUUUGUUGUUAACAUACUAAUAAAAUUUUCUACGUUUCUGUC